GCCGCUGUGGGCGGGGCUGGCGCGCGGUCAGCGCCGGGGUCAGGCUACCGCUGCGUCUGCUCCCGCACCCCCAGGCCAGGGCGCUGAUCCCCGGAGAGGGCCCUGCUGCUGCCCGCCCCGGCCGGUUCCUGCCGUCCUCGCGACCCCGGCCGCCCCGCGCGCCAUGGCCCAGCCACCGCCCGACGUCAGUGAGGACGAGUGUCUCCCCGAGUACCGCCAUCUCUUCUGCCCCGACCUGCUCAGGGACAAAGUGGCGUUCAUCACCGGUGGUGGUUCUGGCAUCGGGUUCCGGAUUGCUGAGAUUUUUAUGCGGCACGGCUGCCACACAGUCAUCGCCAGCAGAAGCUUUCCAAGAGUGUCUAAGGCUGCCAGAAAGCUGGCUGCUGCCACUGGCCAGCGGUGCCUCCCCUUAUCGCUGGACGUUCGAGCUUUUCCAGCCAUCACAGCUGCUGUGGACCAGGCACUGAAGGAGUUUGGGAAAAUCGACAUUCUGGUUAACUGUGAGAGGCUGAUGGGUGCAGCGGGAAACUUCCUGUGCCCUGCCAGUGCACUGUCCUUCAACGCCUUUAAGACCGUGAUGGACAUCGACAGCUUGGGCACCUUCAACACGUCUCGCGUGCUCUACGAAAAGUUUUUCAGGGACCACGGAGGGGUGAUCGUGAACAUCACCGCAACCCUGGGUACCCGGGGGCAGGUGCUUCAAGUGCACGCGGGCUCUGCCAAGGCGGCUGUGGAUGCGAUGACACGGCACUUGGCCGUGGAGUGGGGUCCCCAGAACAUCCGCGUCAACAGCCUCGCCCCUGGCCCCAUCAGUGGCACGGAGGGGUUCCGGCGGCUGGGUGGCCGCCAGGUCAGUGUCAGCACCAAGGUUCUGGACAUCCCCCUGCAGAGGCUGGGCAACAAGACCGAGGUGGCCCACGGUGCGCUGUACCUGGCCAGCCCCUUGGCAUCCUAUAUGACAGGCGCUGUGCUGGUGGUUGACGGCGGGGCAUGGCUGACCUUCCCUAAUGACCUCAAGCUGCUGGCAGAUUUCGCCGCCUCUGCUAAGCUCUAGGUGAUGCCGCUCCUGCCUCCCGCGGGUCACCUCUGGCCGUGGCCCCCUUCCUGAAACCCCUGCCCCGUGGGCUGACGUCACCAUAUAUGGUCCUGAUGGGUUUCCCGAGUCCCUUGGGUGUAUUUCUAGACAUGUUCUUGGGUACGUUUGGGGUUGGGCUACCAACCAACCAAGGCCACAUCGGGCAAGGCUGAGAGGGGUGUUCUGAACGGGUGGGGGGUGCUGGGAGGGGGCCCCGCCAAGCCUCAGCGCCUCCCUGCAGAUCAGGACAGAUGUCAGGCCUGCAGCAGGCGGGAAGCCGUCUCUCCAGGAGCUCCGCCGGGUGCCCCCCGCCCCUGGAGGCCUGAGGGCCCGUGGGGCCGUGUGGGUCACGGACAGCCCCACUGCUCUCUGCCCUCCCCUUGUCCCCCUAGUGCCCGAGGCCCCCGGCCUGGGAGGCCUGCUCACCCUCCUUGAGCAGAUUCCUCUCUGAGCGCCUCCUCACUGUAGGGCCGCUGCUGACUCCAUCCUGCCCUAGGCGGGGGGGGGGGGGGGG